CCCUGCAUCAUCGAAAUUUUUGACCUUUGCCUGCUCGCGUUCCCUUUCCGGUCAUUUCCAUCACGUGAUAUCUGGCCAGACGAUCGCGACUUGGAAGAAAAAAAAACACCACGGUCGGGCGGCGAGCGCGUAUCACGAAGAGGCCCCAAAACGCCAUUUGCACCCGAUGAUAGGCCUCGAGGUCGCCACUAUCAGAUCUGGAGUCAUCGUCUAAGGUUGCCUACCGUGGCGCCGGUUCAUCUUCUUGCGAGACGUGAAGGCCCCCUGGAAAGCUGGCGAGGUGGAUCGCGGGGCAUGAAUCAACCGGCCGCCUAUACGCCCCUCGAGUCGCUGUUCCUAUUCCAGUCGUUGCUGACCCACGGAGUCGACACUGGGGCCUUCGCGCGCAUCUCGGAGCUCCUCACCAACAACGCGCUCAUAAAGGAGGCCGACACAUAUGAUCCCGCACGAUUGAGACCGGACGCGCUGCAGCAGCUAUUUUUGCUGCUGCUGCGAGAUGAGCUGAAGAGCGAGGAGGAGCGGGUGGAUGGCCCCAACGAAGCUAACGGAUCGCCUGGGUCGAAGAAGAGGAAACUGGGAAACCCGCCGUUGCCAUCGCUCAAAGACGUGUACGAAAAUGUCGAAAAGGUCCCCGUGCUGGUCGAACGCCUCUAUGCGCGAUACCGCGACCAUGUUGUCAAGCAAAUCCGAGAGGACGAACGACGAUUCGAGACAGUCCAGAAGGAGAUCCAACUAUUAGAGCGGACGGAAAGGGAGCGACGCGCCAGGGCGGCCAGCCAGAAUGGGACACCGAUUCUAGCUCCCCGAGAAGCCAAGCCUGCGAUAGCAUCGAAUGCACCUGCGCCAACGACGGUACCAAACUCGGCGACGCCUACCGCAAUUCGAAGAGGUCCGGUACAACACACGCCAGUAAUUCCUCCAAAGCCUCCGACACCUCACGUUGCGCCUCCGACACCUCACGUUGCGCCUACAACACCUCAUGUUGCGCCUCCGACAAUCGCUCCUCCGAGUCACCUACCAGCUGGGACAACGCCAACCCGACCGUCACCGUCGUCAAAGGUCCCGAAUGGAACUGCUUCGGUCCUUCAAGCUCCUACGGGAGUGCCGCCGUCGUCUGGACCCCGUCCGCUGCAGCCACCGCCGCAACCUGCCAAGCAAGCCAUCUCUCCGCGUCCGGAGAUUGGGAUCAAGCCGAAGGAUGGGGCAGUGGCUCCUCAAGCUGCGACUCCCGUAGGAGCUGCUCUGAAGUGGGAGAAGCCAUACCAACCUCCACAUACUCAGACGCCGCCUCCAAGACAGUUCCAACCUCCGGCUCAACCAGGCCAGACUGCAACACCAGGACCGCAGCAACCACAACAGCAGCAGUGGUAUCCUCAGCCAACGCCUCAAUUCCCUUCACCAGCGACUGGACAACAGAAUCAUCCUCCCCCUCAGCAGGCACAGCAUGUGCAGCAGCAUCCCCAGCGUCCGCAACAACCACAACAACCACAACACACGCAACACCCGCAACAACAUCCACAGCAACAUCCACAGCAACAUCCACAGCAACAUCCACAGCAACAUCCACAGCAGCACCCUCAGCAACAUCCGCAGCAGCACCCUCAGCCGCAUCCUCAACCGCAUCCCCAGCCGCAUCCCCAGCAUCCUCCCCAGCAUCCUCAACACCUCCAGCGCCCUCAACCUCCACCACAACCUCAGCCUCAAUCUCGCCCUACACCUGGAAAGCCUUUGCUUGUGCCACCACAGAAUGCUGGUCAGUUGGCACCUCCUUUACAGCCGGCACCCCCACGGCCAAAGGGAGAUGUUCCAGUCGUUCAGGCACCCCAGGCCCGUCCUCCUUCAACGACUCCAGUGCCACAUCCGACCCGUGCUAUCCAACCGCCACAGGCACAGGCUCAGCAAGUUCCUCGACCAAUUGCUUCCGCAUCGCCCACGACUCCUGCUCCUACCACGGGCCCUAUUGCUCCACCUCAACAACGAUGGCCUCAAACACAUCCAUCGCAACCGGGACAAAAUGUGCCACAGACUCGGUCUCCUGCGCCCCUUGCUUCGCAGAAAGACAAAGCCUACACCUCACCAUACAUUGCGCAGGCUCCACGUCCUGCGAUUCCCGAGCAUGUUAUUCGACAAGCCCUCAGUACACCCGCCAAAAGGCUCGGUACCCCGUCUGCACCCCAAACCCCCAUAUCGGCAACUCCUUCGCAUCUUAUGCAUGGAUUUGGUACUCGAUGGUCUUCUAUGUCAACACCAUCCACACCAAAGCCACUUAGUGCGGAACCAGAGAGUCCUGCUUAUGAGCCAGUGAGCCCGCCCCAGCAACCAGCUGCCCUGCCUAGCUCAGCUGGUUCUACACCUCGCCCAGCUCUUAAGAAGCAGACACCAAAGCUGGUACCCAAGAUAGAACCCAGCAUCAUCAAGUCUAGCAGAGGUCGAUCUUCGCGGAAGUCCCAGAUGGGCCGUGGAUUAAGCGCUACUCCCUCUCUCUCCCGAACGAGGCGGAGUCAAUCCGUUAUGUCUCAUACAGACGAGCCUAUUACAGAGUCAUCUGAAGCUGCUCCAAAGAUCAAGGAUGAGGAUGCUACUCCUAGACCGACGGAGGAGACGGGCGAUACUACUGCAGAUGAGAGUGUUCCGGGUCGACCCCAGAUCGUGACGCCGAGCAGUGUAGCUUCACGAAUGCACAAACGGAAGAGACAGGAGACCCCUCCAGAGCCACCAGCGCCGACUUCACAAGUGUUGUGGACGCGUGGUUUCACCAAGGUCUCUUCGUCUGCUUUGGAUCAGAUUUCGAGCCACCGCGAUGCCAACAUGUUUGCUACCGCUCUUCGCGAAAAGGACGCACCCAACUACCGACAGAUUGUUCUGCAGCCGCAGGAUAUAACAUCUAUCCGGUCUGCUAUCAAGCAUGGUAACAAGGCUGCUGUCCAGGCUGCUGGGGGCCUCCCCGGAGGCGACCCUGGGACUGCCCACGUCUGGCUACCCCUAUCCGACGAACUUGUUCCCCCCAGGGGCAUCAUCAACAGCGCCCAACUUGAGCGCGAGCUGGUGCACAUGUUUUGCAACGCCAUAAUGUACAACCCCGAUCCUGACCGCGGACCUGGACCUGGCUUCAUGAAGCGGUCCCAGGACGAGGAGGAGGAGAUUGUAGGAUAUCGGUUAGACGAGAAUGGUGUCGUAAAGAAUACGCGCAGCAUGUUUGUCGAAGUUGAGAAGCUCUUGGGCGACCUGCGCAGCGCCGAGAAGGAGCGUAGUGCUCCGCCACCGUCGGCGACUCGUCCAGCCAGCGUGGCCACGCCAGCUGAGGAUACGGCCGAAGACGAGGAUGACGCAGCGGGCGAGCGCGAAGCCGGCACCGGAACGUCCAAGAGAAGACGUGUAGGUACGAGGGGUUGAUCUUCUUGCUCAACUUUGGCAAGAAAAGUAGACUUGGAUGACCCCUUGGAAUGCUGCGAGAGAAUUGCAGCGUGUACUUUGUUUGUGUAUAGCGUUUAGAAUUGCCACAUGUUAAUUAUCACCUAUUUAAAUACCCA